AUGUUGGGAAACUCCUUAGCUUCACCUUUGGCAACAUUGGCUUCUGUCAAAUGCUACCAUCACUCUGCAGCUGAUCUUGUAACAUAUACUAAUGUUUUACCAUUGAGCCUGAACUCGUCGUCGUAUCAUGGUGUGAUUGGAGGAGUAAGGAUGACUCGUGUUUCUCGAAACAAGUGGAGAGUGGUUUGUUCAACAACACAAGUGGAAACCUCUAGUGAAAAUCCAAAGACAUGGGAAGAAUGCAAAGAAGCCUUGUCUUGUUUUGAUUUCAGUGUAGAGGAGAAAGACAAGAUACUAGGAAAAGCGUUUGGUCAUGUCCACUCGCCUUACUGGACCGAAGAACGAGUGAAAGAGACUCCAAAGGUGGAAACUUUGAAUCAAAUACUGGAGUUUCUUAGAGGUCUCGGUUUAUCAGACGAAGAUCUGCACAAGGUGAUGAAGAAAUUCCCGGAAGUACUUGGUUGCAGCCUAGAAGAGGAAAUGAAACCCAACAUUGGGAUCUUGGAAAACCAAUGGGGGAUUACGGGUAAAUCACUGCGAAAUCUAUUGCUUCGGAAUCCGAAAGUGUUGGGAUACAAUGUGGAUUGUAAAGGAGACUGUAUGGCUCAAUGCACUCGGUGUUGGGUUCGGUUUUAG